AACAUGCUGUUCUACUAUCCCACGAGUUGUUAGUUGUGUGGAUAUACAACAUAUCAAGUAAGUAAAGUUGGUAAAAUGUUAUUUUGGUUGAUCAGAGUGUGUGGUUUUUUAACAAUCUGAAAGCAAAAAGUUCGUAGAAAAAUAUUAACCUAUGUUGAUUAGAUAAGUAAGGAUAUCUCACCAUAGAAAUUUGUGAUUUUGUUUGCUGAAAUACAGCCUUUUUCACUAGAUUUUUAAAAUUCUGCAACUAUGUUCAGACUCAAAUAUAAAAGUUGAAAUUUAUACUGUAGUUUACUAUCAUAUAGGGGCACUUGCUGUAUAAAAAUUACAUUUUUAUCACUUGUCCCACCAGAGAUAUCAAACCUCAAACAUUGCAAAAUUUGAAAAUUUCAAUUUUUGAAAAUUUUUAUAAAUUGAGGAAAAUAUCAAUGUUCAAAAUUUUCACACAUACAGUUUAGUAUCAUGACUACUUGAAAUAAAAAAAAUCAUACAUCAUAUAUUAUUCCUUCCAUGAAAAAAUUUACCUUAAAAAGUGUGUUUUGUGUGCUCAAGACACUAAACUUCAGGAGUUAAUUUCACAAGUUAGAUGAAAUAUUAUGCUGUCUAUGAACAGAUAAAAGUAAAGAGUGGAAUAUAAGUUAAUCAUUGGUUUUUGUUUGAAAUGCCUAAGUCAAACCAUUGUUGAAAAUUACAUUUCUCGCAAACGUCUGCAAUUGCCAAAACUGCUCCUUUCCACAUUACUAAAAUGGCCGCCAUUCGCAAAAGGUUCAAUUAAAAAAUUUAUUGAUCACUUGUUUCCAACUACGUACUUGAAUGUAUGGGAAACAACAGUAAAAAAUUGAAAUUUUUUUGAAGUAGUCAAGCAACUGAUUAAUUUAUUAUUGGACCAUUUCAUAUGGAGUGACCCAGUCUUCAUAGUGCUUAAGCCAAAAUUUACUGAUAAAUGUUGCCCAAGAGUGAGAAUUUAAUAUUUUUUUAAAUACGAAUUAAAUCAAAGUUAUAUACAUAACUGAAUAAUCAAAUGUAUACUUAUUGAACUAAUAAGGAAAAAUGUUGCUUAUUGAUUUAAUAUUUAAAAAUUUUAAUGUGUUUGUAAUAUCAGCCACUACAAUAUUUCUUAAAAAUAAAUGCAUAACUGAAGAAAAAAGCAUAAAAGCUUUCAAUACAUAUCUAAAAUAUACAUACACUAGUAUGCUGUUUACUUACCAAUUUUCAGGAUGAAAGAGUAUUUGAAUUAUUUUGCAAAUAAUUGUUAAGUUGUCAUAAUUACUAGAAAGUAAAUGUCACAAAUUGUAUUAGUAAAGUAAUAUAGCAAGUUUAUUUAAUUUUGUUUUACACUUUUACUCAAUCUUAAUUUCUUAAAAAAUUUUGUAAAGCAUGUGAUGACACACUAAUAUCAGUUUUACUUAACGUGUAAACUCUUCCGGUUGCUGUCACAGGAUUCACUACUCCUAUAGAGCAUCCCACUCUUAGAUUGCAGUAUGGAAGUAAAUGGGCACAUUCUCUCUCUCUCUCUAGCACACGCCGAUGGCCGUUAGCGCUGUCCUUGUUUCUUCGUGCGUUGUUGCCAAAUAUCAAACGAAAUUAAAAUUUUAAUUUUUGGACCAAGCCUUUUUUUCAUAUUGUAUAGCAUCGAAAUACGCAUCAGUCAAUGCUUAUUUUGAAAACUUAAACAUAUUUUAAGUGUCUGAAAAAAUUAAAAAAACAUAACUUAUUCACUGCGAACUGUUUUGAAGUAUUCCGAGAUGUUUCACAUCAAAAAAAACAAAACCUACAUGUGUAUUUCAUUCUGAUUUUUUUUAUUAAUAAAUUAAUGCCUUAGGACGCCACCGAACAAAUAUUAAGACAAAAACUAUACAGGUUUCACUUAACACAUUCGGGUCCAUGCUCGAGCUCAGCUCGAGCAUAGUAUUUUAAUACAAUGAACGGCGCUCGAGCCUCACUCGCGCACGUUUUCAUGGACUAUUAUGUGCUUGCUCGAGCGAUAAACGGGCUUGGAUUGCCGGGCGUUCUUUCCACAGUCGUCGUAGUACUAUCGGUUGCCGCUAGAUGGCAUCUGCUGUACUGUUUUACGUUUGAAGCUGCUUCGGGCGUGUUUCAUCGUGCCAGGGGAAUUACCGCGGUUUUGUUGCAGUAGAAAUGGCAAAGAGAUCGCGCGAGAGUGACGAAUUUUUCGAACAUGAAGAUUUUUAUGCUUCUUCUGGUUCAGAAGCUGAUAACUGCAGUUCUGAUUCUUUGUAUGAACCAUCGUCUGAAUAUUCUGACACAUCAGGUUUGUAUGCAAUUAUUCAAAACCUGCCGAAUGAGCUUGAAACUUGUUUUACCUAUGUAUAAAAAUUAUUAUUUUUGUACAUAUCUUACCCAGGAUGUUUUUUUUAUUACAGAUGAAGAUUUUGCAAAAAUAAGGAAACAGAAGAGCAGUUUUACACAGAAAACGGGACUUUCACAAGCUCGUCCAUCACAGACACCUGAUACAGGUACUGAUAGUGGUUCGUAUUUUUUUUCCUUGUGUAUUGUAGAUAUUUUACAUUAGCUCUUGGACCCUUACAUGUAAAUGUGAAUGUCACAUUAUUAUUUUUUAGAUGAAGACGAUGUUCCGCUAGUCCACAUUGCGCAGCUGAGCAAUGUGAAUAGACAAGACCACUCGGAUAAACCUAGCACAAGUAACGUUUCUGAUUCCAAUACAAGAACACGAUUACUAGCAAAUGAAAAACCUGGAGUCAAUCGCUGGGUAUCAAUGGACAACCAACCACAGCUGCCUGUUUUUGAGGAAGCAUCUGGCAUUCUUAUCGACAUUGAUGAAACUUCCGAUGAACUUACCUGUUUCUCUAAAUUUUUUGACACAGACGUCAUAAAAAAUAUAAAGACUGAAACAAAUCGAUAUGCAGGUACCAUGAUUGACAAAAUGAAACGGGCAAAAAAAUGUAAACCAAAUUCAAUGUGGCAGCGUUGGACUAUGGUCAAGCUUCAAGAAAUAUAUUACUUCUUUGCAGUGAUCAUUCACAUGUGCUUGGUCAGGAAACCCAAGAUAACAGAUUAUUGGUCAAAUGACAACAUAAUGCACACUCCAUUUCCUGGGCGUCUCCUUAGCAGAGACAGAUUCCGGUCAAUAUUAUUCAUGUUACACAUAAAUGACAAUGCUACUUACGUACCAAGAGGACAAGAAAAUCACGACCCUCUACAUAAAGUCAGGCCGUUUUUCAAUCAUUUUUUCCGUCAAUGUAAGGCCUGUCUUUAUCCAUCAGAAAACCUGACAAUUGAUGAAGGAAUGUGUCCUUUUCGAGGACGUUUACACUUCCGCGUUUAUAUAAAAAAUAAACCUCAUAAGUAUGGUAUAAAGUUAUAUAUUCUUUGUGACACCAAUACAGGAUAUGUCCUAAACUGUGAGGUUUAUACUGGUGGUGCUGGAAGUGUGGAAAACUCUAUUGAGAGUCUUGUCCGGAGAUUGUGUCAUGAUUAUUUUCAUAAGGUGCACACAAUUUACAUGGACAGAUUUUAUUCAAGUCCUACAUUAUUCUAUAAGUUAUGGGAUGAAAAAACCACGGUCUUAGAAACCAGGUCUGGACACAAGCGUAUUUUCUUGACCCCCUUAUUGACGGAUUUAGUUCAUAAAACUGCCGUUGGCGCCACAAGACAGUGGUCCGGUUUUAACAUUGUGCUUUAUGAACUUUUUUUAGUUAAUUGCAUUUAAAUGAUAAUUACACAUACUUGGCAGCGUUUUUUAAAAACUCAAUGAGAGAUGUAGGUAUUAUAAAACAUUUUUCCAACGUUAUAAAGAAUUUAUGUGCACAGUUCAAGAAAAUGGCUAAUGUUGAUGUUUGAUAGGUUAUGUUUGUUAUUGUUUUGAAAGAUUAUUUUCAUAACUUUAUAACAUCGGUCAACUACGCGCUAUUGAAAAUCGUGAUUCGUAAUGCUAAUAUUUUAAUGCUUUUUUUCCGGGAGUUAUAUAUGUAGUGUUUAAUUAGACACAGUAGUCUAAUAACUCUCCUAUAUACAAAAUUUCCGCUACGAAAAUAAAGUAACAGUUUGUGUAAAAGUAGGUACCAAUUUCUGUGAAACUAAUUAUAACAAGAGCUUAAACUAUGUCGCAAAAUAAAAUUGCAGUGAAAAGUUUGCCUAGUAAAAAAUUGUUUAACAGUGGCUACAGGCCAUUUCAUUCCUCCAUUCUUCUUAUUUGUAGUACUUUGGAUGAUCAGCAAAUGAAUGCCGGUGAGUGUUUCAGGCUGUGGAUGAUUAUUAUUAUUAUUAUCAUAGCUGCAAUUGGGUACAGAAGUGCCCGGUGGCAAGCAUUCGCCCUACUUUUCCCGCACUCUUCUUCUGAACUUGUAAUUUUUAUACCAAAUAUUUAUUACGUUUUUAUCUAAGCUGCCACCCAAAGUACUUUUUGUCCAAAUUAGGUCCCCAAAAAUGUUUAGCUCCAGACCACCACCACCUAGAAUGCCUGGUUGAUCAGAAAAAGUAGAAUUAUAAAACUUACCAAGUAAUGUGAUAAAGAAUGUAAAAAUAAUAUUAAUAAUCAACAUUGAUGUUUGUUUUUAAAACACUUAUAAGUAAGAAUGCAGCUGUAAAAAAAGUAUUAAGAUUUCUUCAAAAUUUGUAGGUGCAAGCAUGUGGGUGCAAGGUUUAAAAAUUUUGUUCAUUGACUCAGUGUGACCCUUUGGGAAGCAGAGUGACACAAAUAAAUUGUUCUUACAAUCCGCCAGCUAUUUUCCUGGACUUAACAGUUUCCCUUACUGUUUUAGAUUUGGCAUUCACUGCAACCUUUUAACAUCGUACUUCAUUUCAUUAUAUUUAGAUUGUAUUUUGCAUAUAUUGAGAUAACACAUUUCCUCCCAUUUCAUAACCUUUUCACUUUUGAAAAUCAAGACAUAAUAAAGGAACUUCAGUAUAGUUUCAAUAACACAGAUGCAGUUUGCUUGUUUCAACGAUAACUAGGUAUGUUGUUACCUAGAAUUUCUUUUUUCCAAGCAGUCACAAUAUCUUCAUGAAAAACAAACAUACUACUUUCAUAAUAAAAAUAAGACAGACACACAAGUACUCACAGAUUGGUACUUGUAGAAAGCAAAAACACAUAGUUUGUACAACACAUUUAGGUACUCAACAGAUGAAGCUCGCUUAAGCUAGCAAAACCAUUGCGACCGCGCUUCCGCACAAAAAUGUCAACCAAACUGUGUGCGUGUGUUUAGUUUCUACAAGUACCGAUCUGUAUAUGUAUGUCUGUCUUAUUUUUAAUACGUAAUUAGUUUCCUAGUGGCCUUUGUCACGCAUUUAUACAUACUACUUGGUUAAUAUAUAAUUUAUGAUCUACAGAAAAUAUUAAACAUCUUAAUGGUCUUUAACCGAAAUUACAAAGGAAACUGUAAAAUUUUUACAAAAUGGAAGGGGAAAGGUGGAAAUACACCUAGGAAGUGCAGUUAUUUUGCAGUACUAACUGGUAGUAAAAAACCAUAUCUGGAGCAAAAAAAUAUUCUGAUGCACCUAACACUAUUUUCCCCCUCUACAAUUAAUGCAGGGCAAAAUUGUUACUAACUUAUUUGUUCAUGUCAGAGUGGUUUUUAAAGCUGAAAGGAAAAGUUACUUAAAGUGUUUUAAAAUAAUUUCUGAACCAUAAUUACAUCAACUCAUCACUAGUCCACAGUCACCACACAUAGGUACAAAAUAUUGUCUGUAAAACAAAUUUAUAACAAAUUAACAAACAAUGCUAAAUCAUUUGCGACUAUUGUUUGAAUGAGAAAGGUUGAAAUUAUGACCAUGCCCAUAAUACUAUACUAAGUUAUGCACUUUAGCAUUACCACCAAAUCAGGAACACCACCACCGAAUUUCAGAAAAAUAGACCAGUUCUAUAGCAUGUAACGGUAACUGCUCUUUUGAACAAUAAAUUUUAACUGAACUGAAAAAGUUUUCCCCGCUGAACAUUGGUACAAAAACACAGCGUAUUGCAUUACUCACAAGUCAAUGUUCAGUAUGUAAUGUCCAGUAACUCUAAUUUGCAAUGUAGGGAUUUUAAUAUAACUAAUGGAAUUACGUAACUUAAUAGCAAGUAAGUACAAAUAAAUAUUUUAAAAUCCAUAUAUGUAAACUUCUUGAAAAAUUGUGUAGAUAUCAUCCUUCAUGGCAUGCUAUUACACAGUCUGUCAAAUGUAUCAUUUGUGGAAUGAAUAUGUGUUGUGUAUUCUUCUAAAUAAUUUUUUUAUGCAUUCAAUGAGAGUGAGCUGUAAUCAUGCACGAGACAUAAUGUGUGUAAUUAAACACGUGCUUGAACAGUCUUAGGAGCAGGAAAUGAGGGCUAAUUCAGUUAGGUUUUGGUUUGCUAUUUUGUUUAUUUGCAUCAAAUCCAGAUUAUUCCUGUAUAGUGAAAUAUACACAAUGGUAUUGGAGAAGCCACGUUUUACAAUUAAACAUACAUCAAAUAAUACAUGUUAUCAAUUAAAAUAAUAUUUUACAUAAUCUUAAGAUACUUACAUAAGUAUAUUAUAAUAUAAAUAAAAUGAUGACAUGUUUACAUGGUGUGAAACAUUUUGAGCAGAGUACAAAGAUCAGCAGAACAUAACAUCAAAAUUUUAUAAACUAUUGCCAUGUGCCCUAACUUGCUAUUAGCAUAAAAAAAACUUAUGA